GCCAGCUGCAGCAGAGCAUGGAGUGAACAACUCUGGGUUUAAUUGAUGGAUGACCAACAAGAUAAGGAUUGUGCCUCAGAAGACCAAGAAACAAUUCUGAUUAAUGGGGUGAAAGAGGAUGAUCCACGUGACCUGGAUGGCGACGAGAAACCUUUCCGUGCUGCAGACGCUGCAGCUCCGUUCCCUGUGCUGGGAAUAGCAGCUCAGAAAGAAAGCCAAGGGGGGGCCCGAGUCCAGACCGCCCUGGUUACCAAGAAGCCCUGCUGGCUGAGCCCUCCCUCCCCGCUGAGACUGGCCGAUGUGCCCGAUCACAUUUCCGAUGACUCCUCCUCCGUCCACGCCAUUUCCCUUACGUCGUGCGUGACGAAGGGCAUGAGCACCUGGUCCCUGCCGGGCGACUGCGAGAAGGCUCCGUUCACGAUGAUGGAGCCCGGGAGCAUGUCGGCGCUCACUGGCGACUGCCUGAUGCAGCCCAGCCGGACCUGCCUGGGCUGCUUUAUUGAAUCCAAGGACGGCAUGGAUGCAGAGCCGGGAAUAAGCCUAAAAGUGGGGGAUCUAAAUAGGGAUUACGACACCUGUUCGGUCUCUGAUAUAGGGAUCCAUUGCAUGAGCACUGGAGAAACCAUGAGAUACGGGGAUCAACUGCUCUCAGACCAGCUGCUAAGCUUCCCCAUGCAUAAAUCGAGGGCAGCAGACAAAAAAGAUGCAGAGAAAUCUGACAGUGAUUCAGAGGACCCCACUCAGAAAAAUUAUUAUGAGGGAUUACUCUUAGACAAGUGCAACGGGGAGGAACCUUUACUAACAAAUCCCAACCAAGAAUGGGGUUAUUUUGAAUCUUUCAUUAGCGAAAGCAAAAUUGAGCUGCUUGACCUUUGCUCCAAAAAUGAGCUUUCUGUCAAUCUGUUUUCCGAGGAAGAUGUGGAUAAUUACAUGUUUGAUGAUGAUGACUCCACCUUGGGAAGUGAUGUCUGCUCCUUAAAGAUCCGCUACGAAUCCUUCCAGGACAAUGUGAAGGAGAAGACUGGCACGCUGCAAGAGGACGCCCAGUUUAACUUUUUCCCAAGCGUGUUCAGCGGAUGCCCAAAAAGGGAAGGCAGAACAGCCUUGAAGAGGGGACCGCGAGGGGUUGCUGAUACUUCCCAGUUCAAAUCUGAGGAGAGUAUCAUUUGGGGGGAAGAGGAGGUAGAUGGAGACCGGGGAGAGGAGGAGGAAGAGGAGGAGGGUGAGGAGGGUGGGAAAGUUGCCUUAAAUAAAUCUUGCACCAGUACAGAGGUGGUACAGUACAUCAGCCCCAAAAGAAACCACUUCUUGGAACUUGUGAAUUCGACGGAGGACUCUGGGGAGUUCAGCGACGACAGCACCUGCACCGAAUCCUCCUUUGAUGUGCUCCAAGAUCUCAAGGAUUGCAACAAGUACCUACCCAGAGACCACUCCAGUUCCUCCAUGCAACAGAACUACGGUCUGCGAGCAAAAAGGAAAGUACGAUACAGUGACGAUUACCUGUACGAUGUGGAUUCCAUCGAGAGCGAGAAGAUCGUGGAUAAGAAGGAGUGGGUCCCAGAUGGACCCAAGGAGGAAGACGACGAUGAGUGGUGUCCAAAGAAGAGGCGAAAAGUUUCGCGCAAGGAUCCCCCGGUCAUCAUCAAAUAUAUCAUCAUCAACCGGUUCAAAGGGGAGAAGCACAUGCUGGUCAAGCUCAGCAAAGUGGACGCCAGUGAGACGACGGUUACCCUGAGCGAGGAGCUGCUGAGCAAAUACGCCAAGCUGGCUCCCUUGAAGGCCUUUUGGCAAGAGCAGUGGCAGAGCCGGCUCAACUUCCUCAGGACGGCGCUCUUCCACAAGCAGAGUUUCUAUCUCAACGGCUCGGAGGUCUCCUUCCUGCCCCACCCACGAAAGCGCAAGUGCAAAUUAGCGAACAGGCACCGGAUCCAGAGAAUUAAGGCCAUCGAGCAGCACGUGGGCAAGCCCGGCUCGUGUUCUUCGGAUCCGAAGCAGCUCCUCCGCAGAAUCGGAGACGAUGAGGCCGGCCGGAAAGGCGCGCCGGCGUUGGCCGUCGCCAGCCCCGGCUGUGCCAACGGCUUGCGCUUGGAGGACAUCGCGACCCUCGCCUCGCCAAAGUGCAAAUCGCAGGGCAGGGAAUUCAAAGGGCCUGAGCGGAAGGUCCUGCGCCGGAUCAAGUUCAAAAGCGAAGCCCGGUUGAAAUGCAAGCGACUCAAGGCGGCUGCUAACGUGGCCUCGGCCUCCUCAGCCUCGGAAACUCCGGAGCCUGCCACCAGCUUAAAGGACGAAAGCGCUGCUUGCACUGCAGACGGCUCUCGCCUCUCCAAGUGCCAGGAGGAGAAGGUUGCUAAAAGCUCUCCAUCUUUCCUACCUGCCGCCUGCUCUUCAGAUAAGCCUCCUCCGUCGGCUAAUCUGGCUGCCAACGUGCCGCUCAUCCCCGGAGGGUACCUGCAGACCUUGUUAGAUGCCUCUGAUUUGUCAAGCAACACCGGCAUCACCUACUUCAGUCCUCCGCCUGCAGAGCAGCUGCAGCAGGAUCCGCUCCCGGGCCUCGUCCAAGCAGAGAAAGCCUUCUGCGCACAGCCGCCCGCCCAAAGCUGCAUUCUGUCCCCUCCUUCAGAGUCGGAGCUGCCGCAGUCGCCGGGCCGCUUGGAAAUUGAGCCGAGCAAUUUUGGAAGUAUGUGGCCGGCCGGCAAAUCAGCCGGCGUCAACGGCCAGGAAUUUGCAGGCGACGUGCGGGGCGUUUCUGUGCUGUCGACGGCGGAGUUUGGUGGCUGCGUGGCAGUGGAAGGCCUCCCAGCCUCUGGCUACAGUCAAGUCCAUCUGAGUGGGGGCAAAGUGGUAUACCAAAAAAAGUACGUGCCCGAGAGCCAGCAGUCCCCGUGUGACGACGCUUACCAGCCGAGCCACUUCCAUCAGAGAGAGGGGCAUUUCCAUUUCCAGCGAGGGACGCUCAGCACGGACGACGGGAGGCUUGUCAGCUUUGACUCCGUGGGCUCUUUGUCCGUUAGCUCUAGCACUUAUAGCUCCCUAAGUUUAAAAUCCUGUGAAAAGGAUGGCGAUGACGAGAUUGCCGACGAUUUCUUGGCCCACUGUAGUCCCAAGCUGGUGAUUCAGCAAAGCAUAGAUGAAAUCACGCCUCUGAAGGAGUCGACUGACCUUUUAGAUAUUUCUAACUUCACACCCGAUAAGUUCCGCCAGUCGUCCCUUUCAGAAAUGUCUCCCCCAGAUACCCCUAACCUUUCCCCGCAGAUAACCGGGUCGGAAACCAAACCGCUCGGAACGCUGAAAUGUUUCCCUAAUAGCUCUCAAGCCGCGCUGAGCAAUCCCGAGAAGGCCAAGUGGGGCUGCAGUGUCCUCCAGACCCAAGACCAGGCCGAUAAUGGAUUCACGUUAAAUAACCAUCAGUUUCAGUUCCAUAUGUUCAACGACGAGGAUUCUGUCAGCCUCCUCGAAAAAAGCCCGUGCUUGUCAACAUUUAAUGAGCCAUCUGGCCAAAUUAGCACCAAUAGCAAAGUGUCAAAAUCGAAGAGGAAAAGUUCAUCUAAUAAAAAUGUGGGUGCAAACCAAAGCCCUCCCCAGAAAAACGUUAGGAAAAAAUCACCCAGAGCCAACAAAGGGACCGAAAAGCCCCAAGGCAAAAAUUCUAGGCAAUCUCCCAAAUCUACGAGGAAGGGGAAGAAUGCGGCUGGGGUGAAUGGGGAUAAAACGCCAAGCGUUGGUGGGAAAGCCGUGACUCAGCUGAGCAGUGCAGCCUCCACAGCGAAAGCGUUGGUCGAAUCCAUUCAGCACUGCAGCCCAAACUCUGUCAGGCUAGGGAAGCACAACGGACUAUCUGGCGAAUGGGCUCUGGGAAAAGACGGCCGCGGAGGAGGCUGGUCCGAGGCCAGCGUAGGAAACGCCAGCGGCCUUCUUGAUGACGAUCAAAGGGAAUUUGAGGAGCCAUCCAAUAUUUUAUCAAACAUUGCAUCUGGGAUGGCAGAUGUUCAGAGAUUUAUGAUGGCCUCCAUCGAACCCUUGUGGGGCCCUGUUGGCCAUAACAAUGUCUCUGAUCUCUUCCGGUCCCCUGAAUCAAAUAGCCUGAAGUUGAAAACUCUUAAGAUUCUGGCUGGAACGUCGCAAGAGUCCAAGAAAAAGGCGAACGGCAAUUCUUCGGGGACAGGGAAGGGUCACAAGCCGGGCGGCAAGGGCCUGAGCAAAAGCGGCAGCCGAGCCGCCUCGUGUGAGCCCGGACGCCCCAACUGUUCGACUGGCUUCGCCACAGACAUUCACUCUCCCUUUUUUGAUAAAAGCUAUAGUAACCUGAGCACUUUAGCCAAAAACGAGCCUACCCAUAAAAAGCUGUAUCGGCAUAAAUCGACGUCUAAGUCACUGAGGGAUGAGAACUGCAAAAUAAAGCGAGCGGAGCGGGAUCAGGCCCACAAGGACCCGUCUGUGACAGCUUCAUUUGAAAAACUGAGGGAAACAGACUACAUUCUUCUUAAAGCAGAAACAGCAUUUUUGGUUUUACCUGUAUUCGAAGAAGAGACACGUUUUUCUAGAAUGACAUUUGACGCUUGUUUGGAUAUCCCCUUUUUUUCUUUGGUUCCCCUCCCCUGCCCUUCCUCACUCAAAAAGAAAAAUAAUAAUAACAAUGCCUUGUAAUAUGUUGAAGUGUUAAGUGCUAAAAUCAAAAGUUUGAAAUUGUGGGACUUUUAUCC